GGUUGGGUGCGUUUGUUCUUCGUGCGUUGUAAUUAUGAUUAUUCUUUUUAUUUAAUAAUUUAUCGAAAUUCUGCACCAAUUCAUCCCACAUGGUUUAAUAAAAGUGUGCCUAGUGAAAUCCUUCGGAGGAUGGUGAUCAAAACUGUCGUGUUCUGAAUAUGGCUGACGAAAGACUAGUGGUCCUGAAUCGUAGUGACAAUUUGGGAUUUGGAUUCUCUCUGCUGGGCGAAGCCGGUUUGCCACACAUAAUUUACGAAAUUGAAGAGAACUCUCCAGCAGCACGAAGUGGCGAGGUCGAGGCGGGAGACGUAUUGCUCAAGGUCAAUGGGACUGAUGUAAACCGGUUCACUACCCGUGAAGUUUUAAAAUGCUUACGACUCUCAUCGGAUCCCGUCACUCUAAGACUGAAAAAGGACCCUCAGAUCAAGGCGAGCGUGCGCCGGUACCUGGCGGCGGCGACGGAGCGCCGCUCUAGCGGCCCUCGCACCAACCACGAGAAGCCCGACUCACCUCCUUCAAGCAACUCCAACAGUAACUCGUCCAGCCACUCGUCGAGCAACGGCUCGGGCCCGCAGUCGGGCGACAGCUGCGAGGCGCUGAUCGCCGACGAGCGGCCGGGGCGGAGGCCCAGGGCUUCGCAGCCCAAGUUCGAGGCCUACAUGAUGACCGGCGAUCUAAUACUCAACCUGUCGCGGGUGGAGCACCCGCAUCACAAUCACCACGCGCCUACGCAUCGCACACACUAUCACAGAUACAACUCGACGCCCGCGUCGCCAAGCGAGUCGCGGCUGUGCGGGCGCGCCGACCUCACGCAGCGACACAACUCCUCGCCCGACACGGGGCUCGUGGGCGACCAUGCCACCAAAAUGUUCAUAUCUCAACCGGCGUCGCCGGCGGGCGGCGGCGCGACCACCGCGGCGGGCGAGCUGUCGUCGCGGCCGCCGCACACGGUGCGAACCUCGAGGUCCGAGGACCAUCUACAAUUCCAGAAGGAGUCGUCUUUGAGCGCGGUGGGAGUGGAGUUAGAGGAGGACGUGACGUCAUCGCUCAACACGCUGCUCGACGCGCGGCCCGACUCUGCCACCCCUGCGCCUCGGGCUGAGACCGAUUCAGAGAGAGAUAGAAUUGUAUGGACGUACAACGCGCCCGUAUCGUGUGCGUCCGAAAGAACGCACUGUAACGGUUCGGGGGCCACUUCCAACUCCACUUCUAUUUCUGACGGCAUGUCGCAAAGGUCGUCGUCCCCCGCGUCGCCGACGUCGGUGUCGUCGUCGGUGAUGUCGUCGCGCGCCACGCCGCCGCACCGCGCGCCGCACCCACACCACCAGCACCACCGCCCGCUCAAUGGAGACAUGAGCUUAUCAGAGGCGGUGUCCAACAUAUCCAGUCCCGACUACCAGGACCAGGACGACAUGUUCGAGGCCGGACGCGAGUGUCCGCGCAUGGAGCUGUCGGACGCGUCCGACUCGGACUCCACCAUCCUGGUGUCCGAGCCCUGCCACAAGCGCGCCAAGCCCGCGCGUACUGACCGAAGCGGCAGCGACCUCACGCUCAACGGAGACCACAACGACUACAGGAUAGUCAUACAGGUUGUAAAGGGACCGGACAAACAAAACGCGAACAUAAACGAGAAUGUAAAUAAUAAUAACAAUAAUACGAACUACGCGCAAAAUGGAAAAGAAAAUGGGCAUAAUUCGCCUGAAAAUCAAGGCUACCAGGAGCUAGGCAGCGGCUCGGACGGCGGCUCGGACGAAGGCUCGGACGGCGACUCGCUGCACUCGUUCCACUACAGCCCCAAGGCGGUGGACAUCCCUUCGGCCGAGCGCCUCGCCAAGCGGCUCUACCACCUCGACGGGUUCAAGAAGUCCGACGUGUCGAGGCAUUUGAGUAAAAACAACGAGUUCAGCCGAGCAGUAGCCGAGGAAUACGUGAAACACUUCGAGUUCAGCGGCGCGACCUUAGACGCGGCUCUGCGGGCCUUCCUCGCUCGCUUCGCGCUCAGCGGCGAGACGCAGGAGCGCGAACGAGUGCUCGUCCACUUCUCGCGGAGAUACCUCGAGUGCAACCCCGGCUCCUUCAACUCGCAAGACGCAGUCCACACGUUAACGUGCGCCAUAAUGCUCCUCAACACGGACCUGCACGGCGGCGGCGCGGGCGCCUUCCGCCGCAUGUCGUGCGCCGAGUUCGUGGACAACCUGGCCGAGCUCAACGACGGCGAGAACUUCCCGCGAGACACGCUCAAGCAGCUCUACCACGCCAUACGCGCGCAGCCGCUGCAGUGGGCGCUCGACACGGACACAGCAACGGCAGCCGGCGGCGAGAGCCGCAGCGCUCCCGUGGGCAGCAACCCGUUCCUGGACGUGCCCGACCAGUCGCGCGCCGUCGAGUACAAGAAGGGAUACGUCAUGCGCAAGUGCUGUGUCGACGCCAACGGGAAGAAGACGCCUUUCGGGCGGCGUGGUUGGAAGAUGUUCUACUGUACACUCCGGGACCUCGUGUUGUACUUGCACAAAGACGAGCACGGCUUCCGGCGCAGCCAGAUGUCCGACAACCUACACAACGCCAUUAGGAUACAUCACGCGCUAGCAACGAAAGCGACAGACUACACAAAAAAGCAACACGUCUUCAGAUUGCAAACUGCGGACCAGGCGGAAUACUUGUUUCAAACGAGCGAUUCGAAAGAGCUGUGUUCGUGGGUGGAGACGAUAAACUUCGUGUGCGCGGCCUACUCCGCGCCGCCGCUGGCCGGCGCCGUCGGCUCCCAGCGCAAGUUCCAGCGACCACUGCUGCCCUGCACGCACACCAAGCUCACUAUGCGGGAGCAAGUGGCGUCGCACGAAGAACGCGCGGCUCGACUGGAGGAGGAGCUGGCGGCGUUGCGGCACGCGCGAGACAACGCGCCGCACGCGCGAGACAAGGACCACUAUCUAGUUUACGAGGUCAGUUAUUACACAACAUUUCUCAAUAAGUGCUAG